GAAGCACUCUUCGUACCUCUUUUCUACAAUUCAGCUGGACUGGGCCCAGACUGGGCAUCUGCAGCUGCCCUGGUAACGGACAGGCUGGCACUGGACUUGGCAGGCGUCGCCGCGCCAGACCCGCCGGCUGGAGCAGAGUCAUUAAAGUGUGCAGUGCGGCACGCAAUCAGCCAGCACACACGUGGCAUCGCGAGAGCCGAACUUAGAAUGUCACGGCCCUCUCCCCCAAGUCUCCAGCACCUCGCAGCAUUCUAAUCAUUCUGAGUUCCUCAGAAGGAUUGCUGCUUUGAUGGUGGUGGGGGUUAUGGAGACGCGCCAGCAGCAUGUACGUAGAACGCUACAUACGCACAUUCUCGCAGCUGUAUUUCACUCCUGUGCGAAAUCUUUGUGCGAGGGUCGAUGCAACAGGUGUGCAAAAAGACCAACCCAAAAGUGCUAUAAAGCCAGGUACUCUCGGGCGACGACGAUGUUAGUGUCCUUGAGGCGCGCUUACCAAUGUCACCCCAUCACCAGUAAUGUUCUGCGAUGUAUUUGUUCUCAUUUUCAGUAUACACAUCUCCAUCCACAUAUUGCGCUGCACACACCCCUUUCAUCACCGUCUGAAAUCCGAAAGAGUAAUUGCCGCAGCUGCGAGAUGCUCGUAACAUAAAGAGGACAUGCCUCUGGCGACGGAGAAAACAACUAAGGGUCG